AUGUUCAAUUCUGGUCCGAAUCUUAUAGUAUCUAAACAUUAUUUGUUCUUUGUUGGGUACAGGCUAUAUGGUAAGGUGGCACUGAUAACUGGUGGAGCCAGUGGGUUAGGGGAGUGUACAACCAGGCUGUUCGUCAAACAUGGAGCCAAGGUUCUCAUUGCUGAUAUUCAAGACGAUUUGGGCCACUCCCUUUGCCAAGACCUCGGACCCGAAAACAUCUCUUAUGACCACUGCGAUGUCACAUGUGAAUCUGAUGUCGAAAAUGUCGUGAACUUGGUGGUUUCCAAGUACGGAAAGCUGGACAUCAUGUUCAACAACGCAGGGAUUAUUGGUGACAAUGAAGUAAGAGUGACAGACACCAGCACUGAGACCUUCAAGAGAGUGUUCGACAUCAAUAUGUUGUGUGGUUUCUUGGGUGCCAAGCAUGCUGCUAGGGUCAUGGUUCCUGCCAAGAAAGGCUGCAUUCUCUGCACAUCGAGUCAUUCUUCCAAAAUCAACUACGGCAACCUCCAUGCCUACAAGGCAUCGAAGCAUGCUGUCACAGGGUUGACCAAGAGCUUGAGCGUCGAAUUAAGCGAGCAUGGAAUCAGAGUGAACUGCAUUUCACCUCACGCAAUUGCGAUCACAUUGUUCCAGAAAACACUGGGGCUACUCGAUAAGAAGAAGGGAGAGGAGAUGAUUGCGGCUUCAGCGGUGUUGAAAGGCACUGUAUUGGAGCCUGAGGAUUUCGCAAAUGCAGCAAUGUAUUUGGUUAGCGACGAGGCUAAAUAUGUGAGUGGUGUUAACUUGCCCAUCGAUGGAGGCUAUUGUCUCAAUAAUCAAUCAUGGAAAUUGGGAUUCGUUGCACUUUCUCAAUAAA